GGCGAGUGGCAGCUCCGAGGGAAGAGGCGGCGCCGACGGCGACGGGAGCGGGAUGGCGGAGCCCGGAACGGCCUCGGGGGAGCUCAGCCUCAUGGACAAAGGCGUCAGGAGUUUAGCGGACAUACCUUUAAGCUCAGAACUUCACACGCUGAACUUGCACUGUAACCAGAUCUCCAGAAUUGAAAGUCUUGAUCAUAUGUUGAACUUGCAGCAUCUGAAUCUCUCAUCCAAUCACAUACAUCGGAUUGAAGGGCUGAGUUCCCUGAUCAACCUGCGUACCUUAAACUUAGCUUGCAACUUGAUAACAAAGGUUGAAGGAUUGGAAAAGCUGUUUAACUUAACUAGAUUGAAUUUGUCUUACAACCGCAUACAUGACCUAACAGGACUUUUGUAUCUUCGUGGAGCCAAUUUUAAAAUUAGUUCUCUUGAGCUACACGGCAAUUGUGUAAGCAAUAUUAACCAUUUACUCCAGUGCUUGGUGGGAUUACAGUACCUGUCAAAUCUUUCUUUGGAGAAGAGUGGAAAAAGUAAUCCAGUGUGUGCAAAAAUAGGCUACAGAGAGAUCCUCCUUCAGGCUUUACCCCAGCUAGCCAUCCUAGAUGGAAGGAAUAUAUUUGGUGAACCAGUAAACUUGGCAGAAGCAAAUUCAACAGAUCUGAAGUGCUUAGAGGACCUUUUGGACUGCUUGGCUUCAUCCAGUUCUCCUGCAGAUGAAGAUGAGACUUGUAUCACUUUGCCAGUGAUGACACCCCAUAUUGAUGAGGUGUUAGCUCAGUUUCGCCAGCGUGCCUGCAGGCCAACCUGGCCCGCCACUAGCUCUUCCCCUGAGGGCAAUUCCUCUUCCGAGCCAGAAAGAAUUAAACUGGAUAGUGACAUGAGAAUAAAAAAACUAGAGGAUCAGAUAUCACAGCUGCUGGAAAAGGUGACUAAUACUUCAAAGGCUGGCAUUGCUCUUAAUGUCCUCAAAGCAAAAAGGGACACAGAUCUCACUUCAGAGAGUGGUGGUGAAAGUGGGAAAGAGAACAGAAAGGUAGUUAAAAGGAGCAAGUUCCCCAGUUAUCGAAAAGCCACUUCGUCUACAAAACACCAUUCUCAGAGAGGCAAAAUUUCAGACAGGGCAGGAGAGCAGACUUGUGUAAAGUCAAAAAAUCGAGGAUCUCAAGUAAAAGAGGAAGAAAAUUCAAGUCCAACUUCAGAAGUUCCAAGCUCAGAUUUAGUGGGGAAAUCGCCCAAGAAUGUGAGUGCGCAGAAAAAUCAAAUGAAAAAACUAAAACGUUUAGAUUCCAGUGCUCAAGAAGAGUCCACUUACAGGGCACUAAUUCAAGAACUGGAUCAGGAGAGAGAGAAAAGGUGGAAGGCUGAACAAGCUGAAAAGAAACUGAGAGAAAAUAUCAAAGAGCUGCAGGACCAAGCAAGAGAAGAAAAGGAUAUUCAAAGUAUGGCCGUGUAUACUACAGACCGGUUAAAAGAGCUGGUUUUGAGAGAAAGAAAUGCGAAAACCAAACUUCAGGUGGACAUUCAGCAUCUGAAAGACGAAGUUGAACGACUUAGCAAGGAACUAGAUCAAUCACGACAUAAAGUGAAGGAUCAACAAAAGGCACUUCAGACUUUAGAAGAAACGCUGUCCAAAGUGGAGACUCAAAGAGUACAGCGGCAAGCUUCAGAGAGGAAGCAAAUUCAAGCUGCAGAAUUAAAAGUUUCAGCUUCUGAGAGAGAAGUGCAAUUGCUUCGGAUUUCUUUGCAGCAGCAAAAAGAGAAGGUGGAACAAGUCCAUGAACUUCUUAUGCUGAGAGAGCAGGAACACAGAAAAGAACUUGAAACUAGAGUUCCAUUGACCGGCUCAGAAUUCCAAGAAGCUUUGUCAAAAGAAGUUGCCAGAGAGCAGAAGAGGCAUGAACAUCAUAUUAAAGAACUGCAGGGGAAGAAUGCUGUGUUGCACCAGAAUUAUAAGGAUCUAGAGGAUGAGUUUCGUUUUGCAUUAACAAUAGAGGCCAGAAGAUUUACCGAGGUUAAAGAAGGCUUUGACAAUGUUGCCGCCGAGCUGGCAGAACAUAAGCAUCGUCUUUCUCAGUCUCUGCAAAAAGAAAAGCAAUCGGCCACCCUAGUCCAAGAGCUGACAUCCUUGGUAAAAGAACAAAAAAUGAAGAUUGCAGAAUUAGUCAGAUCGAAGCAAGAAACUACACACAACUUGAGAAGUCAAAUCCGAACUCUUGAAAAUAUGGUGGAGGAAGAUAAGCAGGCGACUAUUCAACUUGAGCUUCUUAAACAGGAGAAAUCAAAACUUAUUUCACAGAUAACAGCCCAGGAAUCUGUAAUUGACGGGUUAAAAGCGGAGAGGAAAAUAUGGGGACAAGAGUUGGCGCAACAGGGAGCAUCUCUUGCUCAAGAUCGGGGGAAACUGGAAGCCAAAAUAGAAGUACUAACUAGCGAGAAUGAGACGCUGAGAAAACAAAACGAGCGUAACAACGACGCAUUGAAGAUUAAGUCUAAAAUAGUGGAGGAUCAAACAGAAACGAUUAGAAAGUUAAAAGAAGCCUCACAGGACCGAGAUGAGCAGAUAAGAAAGCACCGUGAAGAAAGUAUUGAAAUGCAGAAGAGACUUCAGGUGCAACUAGAGGGAAGAGAGACUCAGCUGGAUGAUCUCAUGGAAAAAUUGGAAAGGCAAAAUGAGAGGAAAGAGGAACUGAAGCAGCAGUUGCAGGAAAAAGAAACAGAGCUCGAAGAUAUCAAGAAAGCUUAUAGUGCGAUGAAUAAAAAGUGGCAAGAUAAAGGAGGAUUGUUGAGCAAAUUGGAAGCACAAGUUAAACAAAUGAAAGAAAAUUUUGAUAUAAAAGAGAAGCAGCUGAUUGAAGAGAGAGAUAAAAGUAUUCAGGCACAGAAGGCAGCGGUAGAAAAACUGCAUUCUAUGGAUGAUGCUUUCCGAAGACAACUUGAAUCAACGCUAGCAGCGCAUCAAACAGAAUUGCUGCAGCUAGCAAAUGAAAAGCAACAACAAAUUGCAGCAGCAAAUGAAAAGGUUUAUCAAGUUGAAGAAGAAAUGCGUCAGCUCUUGCAAGAGACUGCAAGCAAUAAAAAGGCCAUGGAAGAGAAAAUCAAACGAUUGACAGUUGCUUUGAGUGACAUUCAGCAGGAACUCUGAAGUACAGGGAAUGUGACACUCCUGCAGAGGCAUACAAAAUUCAGCAAGAUAGUCAGCCUUGAUGGGCACAACUGUGACAUUAGCUGUUUAUUGAAAGUUAGUCGUCUGGAAAAAAUGCUGCAUAUUGGCAUGACUUAUAUCUGCACUUUAUGUAUAAUAUUUUCAAAAUAAAUAGCUACCUUUCUUAAGUUACAGAUUUACUCUAAAGUUCAAGAAAACCCAAAUUGCCUCCAGAAAAUGUGGAAUUAUAUACAUGUUACUUAAGAGGCAAUUCAAAGGCUUGAAUAACUUUUGGAAACAUGGAGAGGUUUUAAAAAGUGGUCUUUGCUCUAUGCCUUAGUGCUGAAAGGAAGAAUCCUCUAUGUGCAUUAGUGGGUGGGGUGAAGUGAGAAAUAAGGUAUUGUGGAAGCACUGCUGUAUCUUG